AUGUUGUCCAGAUCUAUUGUUUCCCUCGCUACCAUCUCUUCCGUGUUGGCCGCCUACGUUCCUUCUGAACCAUGGUCUACCUUGACCCCAUCCGCUACCCUUAGUGGCGGUACUACUGACUACGACGGUACUUUCGGUAUUGCCGUUGUCCCAAUCACCGCUUCCUCCUCUGCUUCAUCUUCCGUCGCUAAGAGAGACGUUGUCUCCCAAAUUGGUGACGGUCAAAUCCAAGCUACUACCGCCACCACUACUAGCCACGCCCAAGCCAUUUCUCAAAUCGGCGAUGGUCAAAUCCAAGCUUCUACUUCUACCGUGACUCCAAAGACUACCGCUCAAGCCAUCUCUCAAAUCGGUGACGGUCAAAUCCAAGCAUCUACCUCUACUGCUGCUCCAAAGAGUACCGCUCAAGCCAUCUCUCAAAUCGGUGACGGUCAAAUCCAAGCCUCUACUUCUACUGCUGCUCCAAAGAGCACUGCCCAAGCCAUUUCUCAAAUCGGCGAUGGCCAAAUCCAAGCCUCUACUGCCACCGCUUCUACUGCUCAAGCCAUUUCUCAAAUCAGUGACGGUCAAAUCCAAGCCACUACUCUUACCACUAAUGUUGCUUCUCAAAUUACCGAUGGCCAAAUUCAAGCUACUACUUCCACUGCCUCUGGUGCCUCUCAAAUCACUGAUGGCCAAGUCCAAGCUUCUUCCACUGCCUCUGCCUCUGCCACUGCCUCAUCUGAUUCAGAUGUUGUCGCUUGUAAGUCUGAUGGUACUUUGCAAUUGACUUUGGAAAAAUCCAUCUUGAAGGAUGGUAAUGGAAGAAUCGGUUCUAUUGUCGCUAACAGACAAUUCCAAUUCGAUGGUCCACCACCACAAGCCGGUGCUAUCUACGCUGCCGGUUGGUCUAUCUACGACGGUAACUUGGCCAUUGGUGAAACCACCACUUUCUACCAAUGUUUGUCCGGUACUUUCUACAACUUGUAUGAUGAAUCUUUGGGUGCUCAAUGUAAACCAGUCAACUUGCAAGUCACCGCUUUGGUUGAUUGCUAA